AUGAUUAACAAGGAAACAAAUGUAUCAAAAACAACAGCUCAAUUGUCGAGCACAGCUCGGCAAUCCACAAUACUUCCUCGAGCAAAUCGAUCAACAUCUGGUUCCCCUCGACCUGCACCACCAAAAAGAAAGCUUCACUCAAAGACCGCUCCGCCACAAACGAAAAAACCAAGCCAAAAGCUCAUUUCUCGGUCAUCCUCGAGUAGAAGCUCCUCCCAACCUUCGCAGAGUGUACUUGCGCUUAAAACUAUUCCACCACCAAAUAAAUCAACUGCACCGGCAUAUGCACCCGAAAAGAAGCCAACAUUUACUCAGAGUCAAUUAGCACUUGCACUUACCAUUUCAAAGUCUCGUCCAGAACAACUUUCUACGUCAGAUUACUGUCAACAACUUCGCAAACGUAUCAAAACCGGUAAUAAUGUUCAAGAAGAUGAGCAUCGUUAUGUUGAUAGUACAAGCUUCUGGAAGGACCAAUAUCAACACAUCCACCAGGAGAAGGAAUUCCUCGAGGACAAACUCAAUCGGUUGCAGGAAGCGAAUCGCUUGCUUGAAGAUUCUGCUCAUCAGAGCGAGUCUUCCAGCCAGCACAUUUCUACGGUGGAGCAACUAAUAGAAAAUGCUAUUCGUAGUGGCGCCGAGAAAAGAAAACCACCUUACGAUGAAGGUCCUUUACCGCUCGACUUGAGUAUCACGGAAUCUGCCACAGACAAUCAUCUCCUCCGCAUGAGUAGCUGUGUGUUUCGAAUCAAUCGUCAACGUGGAAAUCUUGAAAAGAUUACUGCCCUCGUAGGAAACGACCUUGACUAUCUGGUUGAUACAAUAGAUCAUGCCAAUAAGCUACUGGCACUUCUCGAAACCCAUUUACUUGAUUGUUGUACGCCUCUUCGGCUCGUUUCAUCAGCUAAUGUCAAUCCCCGGAUACUGAGAGUUUUUGAACACUUUAUGCACCAACUCAGUCUGGGUUACCAGCUAUGUUUCGAUUCAUUGAAUGAGAUUUGCAGAACCAUGCUUGGAAGGACAAAGAAGAAUGAUAUAAUAUACAGAAUGACGAGAUAUAUCCAAAAAGCAAUUGCAUUCUUACAUGACAUAAGCCUGGCACAGGAAUACAAGGAGAGUAAAGCGCCGAGGAGACAAGGAUCGAAUGGGCAUGAUGGCAUAGAAUAUAUUGUCAACAAGCAUCUCGCCAUCUCAAUUACAUCAAUGCUAGCAGGGUUGGAAUGGGAGGCAGGCAAACCUGGUCAUAGCGAGCUUCUUGAGGGGAUCCUAUACACCAUUCUGCAGCACACCGGAAAACUCGUUUCUGUUGCCGUCUUCAACGAGCAUGUGGCAUCAUCCAAAAACGAAGGAAAAGUAACAGAAAAUACACAAAGCGGGGAAGUUUGUACUGCAAAGUUCGAAUCUCGGUACAUUAUCCAAAUACUGUACACAGCCAUUGGCGGAGCGACUAAAACGGAAUUGAUCUCCCAAGUUCUAGCAGCGGGACGAUCGAAUAUGAGCAAGGAUGGAAAAGGCGAUCUAAUUUCCAAAGCGAGAAAGCUUCUUCAAAGUACACUCAUCAACAAUUCAACUGGUGGAGUGAGCUUAGAAACUCUGCGACUGCCCCCACCGCCGUCAGAGGAUACUGCUAUUCCUGAUGAUGUUCAUCAUUCUGUGGAAAGGUAUAGUUCAGAGUGGUUGGUAGAAAUGGCGUGGGCGCUUGUGGGAUGGGAUAUGGUUAUCUGA